AUGGACGCCACCGAGAUCGCCCGCGUAGACCGCAAGGCGCCUAGGCUCCAGCCUCGGCCUUCAGGAGGACUCCAGUGUACUUUUAACUUCAGCUCGGCUCAGGUGCGUUUGGAGUGCGGCAAAACUCGGCAAUGGGGACCUGAAUUCGAUAAGCUUGAUUUCCAACCCUCCGGGGCGAAGCAGUGCGGGAAGACAGUGGUUGCCUGCCGAGGUAGCCCGCCGUGGCUGCUUUGGCCGGGGCGGGCAGCUACAGUGGACUUGAGGCCUCGGGCGGCCCUUCCAAGGCUCGCUCCGCCCUCCCUGAGGCUCUGCAGCUCCUCACCUGCAGGUCCUUGGCAAGUGCUGCUGCCUGCCCGCUCUUCUCCUGACAACACCCUCUCAGCAAAAAAACAAUCGCACAGGAAUCCGCAUCUGGAGCUCUGCUUCCAGGGAACCUGCCAUAACCCAGUGUUCUCCAGGGCCUUCUGUCCUUACCCUGGGUGGACCUGUGAGACAUCCCUCCACGGGCCUACAGAGUGCUACAGGCCAGCAGAGACCAGGCAGGAAAUGCAACUGACCGGAGUGGACCAGACUCCCCCAGACGAGGACACAGACAGCAUAGUCUGGAGCGCCCCACAGCUAUGACACUCCAGGACUCCAAACCCCUGGAAUCACGGCAGAGGAGAAGUGCCUCAGGACACUGAGACUCAACAUAGGACCCACGGUUGACAUAUGGUCUGACAACAGAGUACAAUUUUUCUCUUACUACGAAUUAAUUUUUUUCAUUUGUAAAUAUUUUAGUACAUACCUCUGAAAUGUAGGGUUUUUUUUAAACAAACUAUAAUAUCAUGAUAAUAUCUGUAUCAGCCAACUGUUGCCACAAUAAUGCUGAGUAACAAAACACCCAAACUCAGUGGUGUACAAGACAGGCUUGUGGUUGUCUCUCGGAUGUCUAUAGGGCAUCUGGGUUUGGCUGGAGUAAGUGGGGCUUGGUCCCAGGUUGCUUCUGGGCUCAGAUCUGUUCCUCAUGUCUCUUGUUCUUAUGGGGCCAGAGGGCCGGGCUGGGACGUGUUCUUCCUCCCAGGGCAGGAGCUAAAGAUCAAGCCUAUCCAGGCAAGCACAUUUCAACUGGCUUUUUGGUCGUAUUCAUCAACAUCCACUGGCUAAAGCAAACCCCAUGGCCACUCCCAGAUUCAAGGGGGAACAUAGACUCCACCUCCCAUUGGGAAGAGCUGCAAAAUUCCCCAGAGUUUCAGGGAAGAGUGAAGAAUUGGGUCUAUUUUUGUGAUCAGCCAAACCCAGCAUCUUCCACAAGAGACGAAUGAGGUAUGGAUGGAUGGAUGUUUCUUUAUGAACUCUAGAUUCAUUGCAGUUAUUUAUCCUUAUUAAUAAUCCUUUUUCCCCUCCUGACUUUAGCCAGUAAGGCCUCUUCAGUUUUGCAUGACCCCAGCAGGCUCUGAGAGCUUCCCUGCUCUUUAAUAUUGAUUAUAAGAUGUUCCGGGCUCAUCUUGCACAUUUCCUGCCCUUGGCCUGGAAUCAGCCUAUUAAUUAUUUUUAAAAGCUAUACAUUUAUAAGGUUUAAAAGUCAAGCCAUUUUUUAAAAGUACAGAAUAUACAGCAAACUCCCUCUCCGCACCAUCCCCUGCCCCUUUCCCCAAGCUUUUCGUUCCCUUCCCUAGAGGCAGCCACAACUAUCAACGUCCCAUUAAUUUUUCUGGAGGUACUCUAUGCCUAAUUAAGUGCAUGUGAUAGGUGUCUUAUUUUUAAAACACAAGAAAUAAGUUCCUGUUUUAUUUUACAUUUUACAGUAUGCAAUAAUUUCAUUUCAUAGUAAAUAAUAAUAAUAAUAAUAAUGUUGCCGCUUAUAUGGCAUUUACCGUGUGCUAGGAGAGCUGAAGUCCAAAGGAAAAUCUGCUUAAAUCAGAAGGU